AUGAACAAAUUGAGAAAGUUAGACGAUGAAACAAUUAAUCAGCUAAAAUAUCAUUUGGAUUUUAAUUCAAUUACUUCUGUCAUCGAGGAAUUAUUAAAAUUAAGUCUUAAAUCAAAUUCACGUAAUAUUAAUAUAAAAUUAGAUUUAUCAUCAUUAUCAGUUUUUUUACAAGAUGAUGGAGAUGGCUACACUCCAGAACAAUUAGAAAAUCAAGAAAUAUUGUUUAAGUCAAUAUCAACUGUUUCAAUUAUAUCCAAGUCAUCAGAGUAUAAGUGCCCAUAUACUUUAAUUGGUUCACAUGCACAAUUAUAUGAUAUAAAAACUUUAGAUAAUAAUUACUUCAAACCUGCCUCAUUUGAGAAACAUGGAACAAUUUAUUUUGUUAGUAAUAUUUUUGACAAUCUACCAGUAAGGAAAGAGCAGCUUAGUUCCACAUCAACUUAUAGAAUUUUGAAUAGUGUCAAAUUAUCAUUUUUACAAUCAUUAAUUAAAGCCAAAUAUGUCUUAGUAUCUUUUUCAUUAUACAAUCAACAACGAUUUUCAUUUGAAGUACAAUUUGUUAUUAAUUUAAAAGAAAGAAGUUUCAGAAAAUUAAUGAGUGACAUAUAUGAUUUAGAUGAUUUUAAAACCAUUAAAGCUGACUUCAAGAAUUACAAAUUUGAUGGAAUAAUUGGGUUAAAUCCUAUAAAUUCCAAAAGUCAUCAAUACAUUUUCAUUAAUGGACUAUUGGUCACAACAGAGAAAGAAGUUUCUAAUACAUUCAAUGAGGUGUUCAACGACUUUACAGACGUUGUCACUCCAACCAAAUCAACUGGGAAACCAUAUCAUAAAUUUCCUGUAUUUCUUAUUUACAUUACAUGUGAUAAGUCAGAAAUUACAAGUCAUUCUUAUUCUUGGGAAAUUAUUGUUCAUAUUUUAACCAAAAUAUUUAAGAAAUUUGUAACCAUUGGUGAAAAAAGAAAACUGACCGAAGAAUUGGUUUUGCUGCCAAUCAAGAAAUCUAAAACUGAUCAAUUUUUAUUAUCAACUAAUGCCAGAUUUGGUACUACAAAGAGGAAGGAAAUCGAAGGUUUGCUAAGCAUACAUGAAUCAAAAGUUACUCCACCACAAUUGAAAUCAACUCCGUUUCCACCAAUAAAUAUAUGCAAUUGUCAUGAUCAAGAUCAUCAUCAAGAUCAAAAUGCAAAACUUGAAGAUUUUAAGAUUGGUAAUUAUCGAGUGAUUAAUCAGAUUGAUAAAAAAUUUAUUCUUUUAUUGUUAGAUAAUAAAUUGGUGGUGUUAGAUCAACAUGCAAGUGAUGAAAGGGUAAAAGUUGAAACAUUGAUGAAAGAAUAUAUUACUACUUUGGAAAAACCAAGUUUGAGAUUAGCUACACCAAUUCCGGUUAAUGUUACAAAAAAUGAAAAUUUCUUACUUGAACAAUACAAGGACAAUUUCAAACUUUUUGGUAUCGUUUAUUACUUAGAUGCUGAUCUGAAAUAUUACAUCACCUACCUCCCUGAGAUAUUGAUUAACAAAUGUGUAGAAGAUUGGGAAUUUUCAAAGAAUAUAAUAUUACAACACUGUUAUGAUUUACAAAAUAAUUUAAAGUUAAACAAGCUAGAUUUAAAUGAUUGGUUCUUAGCUUUCAAUAAUGUCCCAAGAAUUAUAAUGGAAUUAACAAAUUCAAAAGCUUGUCGUUCUGCAAUUAUGUUUGGUGAUGAAUUAAAUUUUGAAGAGAUGAAUUUAUUAAUUGAAAAUUUAAGUAAAUGUAAACUACCAUUUCAAUGUGCUCAUGGCAGACCAUCUAUAGUUCCAUUAGCUAAUAUUAAGUAG